AUGUUCCUCCGCGACGCGGCGAAGAAGCUCGAACGGGAGAACGCGCGCGAACAGGGAAGGCUGCGGGACAAGAUCGCGGUCGAGCGCGCGGAAAACGCGCGGAAAGAAGCGUUACGAAAACAGCUCGACGAUGAAAAAAUGCGCGCGAGAGCGCGAGAGCGCGAACAGCGGCGCGCCGAGGAGGCGAUGAUGGUGCAAAACGAAGGCGUGUCGUACGACGCGCGCUUGUUCGCGCAAUCGAGCGAUGCGGCGAGGAGGCGGGGGAUUCGCGCGCGGGGCGAGGACAAGGCGCAACUGCCGGCGAGCGCGGCGGCGAGCGUGGGGGCGAAUCGAAGCGGACGCGCGCACUUUUGCGUGUCGAGAGGAGAGAGGAAGACGCACGUUGGGGUGUUGGAUUACGGGAGCGUGGAUUCGGGGACGAUCGGGCUGCCGGAGCCGGUGAUGCGGACGCUCGGGUUGACGGGGGACGCGGCGCGCGAGGACGGCGCGGACGCCGACGCGAGACUGGUGCGAGUGACGUACGCGGCGCUACCGCUUGGGACGAAGAUGACGCUGAAACCUCGUAUGAAUGAUUUCGCGCGGGAUUUCGUGGAUCAGGACGUGCGCGAGGUGCUGGAGCGCGUGAUGAUGGGGCGAAGCGCGGCGACGGUGGGCGACGAAGUCGUCGUCGCGUCGACGACGGAUCCGAGCAAGACGUACGAGCUCAAGGUGACGGCGGUGGAACCGGACGACGGUUUCGGCGCGGUGUCUUUACUCGAGACCGACGUAGAGGUCGAGCUCGAACCGAGCGAGGAGUACGAGCGCGUGAUGGAUGAGAUCGCCGCUCGCGAGCGCCGGCGCAAGGAGGAAUUCUUAAAGGCGAAAGAGGCGCUCGCCGAGCGCGAGCGAGCUAAAUUAGCCGAACAAGAGGCGUUCGAGACUCGUAAAGCGACGUUGCGCGCGUCCAUAGCGCCCGAGCCGAGCGCCGCGCGCGGAACGCCGGGCGUAGUGGCGCUUCGAUUUAGUUUGCCGAACGGCGCGGUGAAGACGCGCAAGUUCGACGCGAACGCGUCUACGAUUCGCGACGUGUUCGAUUACGCGCGCAGUUUAGACGACGCGGUGUUGUCGAUGCCCACGUUCGAGCUCACCACGCGCGCCGGGGAAGUCGUGUUGCGGGAAGACGGCGGCGACGCGCCCGCGCUCGCGGCGCUCGACGCGCAAACGUUCUUCGUGCGCGCGUCGUCUUAG